CGCUGAGUGAGGCUAGAUUGGCCGAUUAAACAGACGAGAAAGGGGAGGAGGAAAGGGAAUUCCUUUUCGCCCUUUUCCUGUUCAGAGCAUCUUGCGCAUCGAGAGCUGUGCGCAUAUUUUCUAUACGUGUGGAGCACCGGAGGUGGAGGGUUCUGUGCAGAUCAACAGACACUACGGCUUUUUUUUCUUGAUAUGAGACCCGUUGUAUCCUGAUGCACCGAUGCGGGAGGAAAUGCGUCCUAUGGAGUGCUGAUUUGGCGAUUUGCAGCUUUACAAACUCAUAUUUGUUUUUGCGCGAUCCAAUAGGCCUCGCUGAUUCUUCUGCAGCCCUGUUUUUUUAAUAACUGCUGCAGGCUGAGAGACGAGCUGCCAGAGUCCGCUGAAUGUUACAUAACCGAGUGGCUUUAGCUGUCCAAGGUGCUGAACUGAGCGUUUGAACCUCAAAAGGGAGACGAGUCGUGGGGGAUACACAGCCUUACAAGGUCAAAGGCCUGGAAGGCGCUGGAUUCCACCUCGGUGAACAGAAAGGAUUAAAACAAAAAUCGCUGGGUUAUAUUGUUCAUAUUUUAGCUUCACGUCGUCCCCCUGGGGAGAAAUUAGUUUCUGUGGUGGUUGAUCGAGCGGAGAGGGAAAAUGUCGGGACAGACGCUCACGGAUCGCAUUGCCGCUGCGCAGUACCAGCUAACGGGAUCAGAUAUGGCCCGAGCUGUCUGCAAAGCCACCACUCACGAAGUGAUGGCGCCCAAGAAAAAGCACCUGGAAUACUUGGUGUCAGCCACCAAUACUACCAAUGUAAACAUCCCUCAGAUGGCUGACACACUGUUUGAGCGAUCCACCAAUGCCAGCUGGGUGGUCGUUUUCAAGGCCCUUACCACCACUCAUCACAUAUGUGUCCAUGGCAAUGAGAGAUUCAUUCAGUAUUUGGCUUCCAGGACUUCCUUGUUCAACCUCAGCAAUUUCAUUGACAAAACUGGCUCUCAUGGCUAUGACAUGUCUACAUUCAUCAGGAGGUAUGCACGGUACCUGAAUGAGAAAGCCUUCGCCUACCGCCAGAUGGCUUUUGACUUCACCAGGGUCAAGAAAGGUGCUGAGGGAGUGAUGAGAACCAUGACCACUGAGAAGCUGCUGAAAGGCAUGCCUGUUCUGCAGACUCAGAUCGACACACUUCUGGAGUUUGAUGUUCAUCCGAAGGAGCUAAACAAUGGGAUCAUCAAUGCUGCCUUCAUGCUUCUCUUCAAAGAUCUGGUGAAGCUGUUUGCAUCCUAUAACGAUGGAAUCAUCAACCUGUUAGAAAAAUUUUUCAAGAUGAAAAAAAGUGAUUGUAAGGAGGCCUUGGAGAUCUAUAAGAGGUUCCUGACCAGGGUGACAAAAAUUGGGGAAUUCAUGAAGCUGGCUGAGACAGUCGGAGUGGACAAAAACGACAUUCCUGACAUCAACUAUGCUCCCAGCAGUAUCCUGGAGUCUCUGGAAACACACAUGAAUGGUCUAGAGGAUGUAAAAGGUGGAAAGAAAGGUGAAGGGUCUCCAACAAAGGGGUCUCCAACAAACAAUGUGUCUCCAACAUCGACUCCAGCCAAAUCUUCAAAUGCCGUUCCCACACUGCAGCCGCCUCCUGGGGACAGCGCUGCAGCAGCUGCCGCUGCUCCUGAACCAGCUGAAGACUCUUUAUUGGAUCUGGAUCCUCUGGCCUCCACUGGUCCCUCAGCACCAUCAGCUGCACCGACAUCUUGGGGAGAUCUGCUUGGAUCAGAAAUGGGCGAUUCCUUGCUAUCUGAAACCCAACUCGCCGCAGAGGCCGCCCCCUCCCCUGCAGCAGCAGCACCCACUCCUGCAGCGGCAGAACCCAACGUCUCUCUAGCUCCUCCUACUAGCACAGCAGCCGCCACUUCCCCCGGUGCCACCAAUAUGGAUCUGUUGGGAGACGCCUUUGCUACUCCUGCUCCUUCCACUGAGGCCACCGCUGCAGCAGAGGGUGGGGCUGCUGCUUCAUCUGCCCCAGCCACUAACUCUGGAGCUGACCCUUUUGCCCCGUCAGACGACAAUACCAACGCUGCAUCUUCAAAACUAGAUCUUUUUGGGAUGAUGACAGUGGAGAACAGUAGCUCACUGGACGUCUGUUUUAGCUCUAUGGAGACUCAGCCCUCCCCUUCCCCAUCCCCCUCACCGCUCUUCACUUCCACAUCCACCACCACCACUGCCACCAUUUCAGGCUCCGACAUCACCAGCCCUGCGACUGACCUCUUUGGUGAUAUGUUUGACGCCAUGCCAAACUCAAGCCUCUCAAAAACGGAUCCCUUGCCCAGCACUGACUUGUUUUCUGCAGCCGAUUUGUUCAGCCCCCCUGCUCCUAUCCUCUCCUCUGCACCACCCAAAAUUGACACAGGAGGCAUCAUGAGCUUGUUUGGUGAGUCCACAGGAGGGGAUGCCCCGGCUGCUGCUGCACCAGCUCCUGCUCCUGCCGCCGCUGCUCCAAGUUCAGAGCUCAUGUCAGUAUUUGAUGGGCUAGGCGACAUAAUGAAGCCCACUGUGACCCCUCAGGCGGGUGAUGUUGACACCUCUAUGGCUAACAUGGCAAGUAACCUCACAAUGGGAACUGCAGCGGCUCCUCAGGUAGCUCCCCCUAGUUGGGGUGCACCCAUGGCUGGGGCUCCAGUUGCCGGAGCGCCAAUGAUGCCCAUGGCUAGACCAGGCUUUCCUGCCGCAGGAGCGGCCCCUGGAGCACCGAUGUCUCCUGGAAUGGCCCAAAGCCCAAGAAAGCCCCCACCACCCAGGAAUGCUCUGGAUGACCUGAAUAUCAAGGACUUUAUGUAGACUGCCUGACCCAUAAAACCCAAGGUUUGUCAUUGUGUCUGGAGCUCUGUGGAUAUGGAUGUCUGUACCCGUCCCAGCCUCUUCUUCAGCCAGCCAGCCAGCUAUCAUCUCUUCUAUCGUUCCCCUCUAACCUUCCACCAGCUUUGACUGAAAACCCACCCUCCUUAUCUAAUGUUGUAGCACAACUGUGAAUAUGAACCCUAGAUACAGAAAACCAGUUAUGUUUCAAUGUGUGUGAGUGUGUGUGUAUUUCAGUGUUAACCUUUACUUAAUAUACUAUGGAAAGAUAAAUGACCAAAAAAAAAAAAAAAAAUCAAUAAAUGUGUAUUUAGAUUCAUUCAGCAUAUCAGCUGACCUGGAAUGGUGGACGUGUGUUGGAUUCUUUUGGCACCACCAAGGACUGUGUUUGAAGUUAAUGUGGACUUUGUUCAGUGUAGCUUCACUCGCCAGCCCCUCAGUCACUCCCCCCUGAUGUCCAAACCAGUACUGAGCAAUGUUUUGUGUCAUUAUUAACUUGUACCCAUAUUAACUCGGGGAUUGAUCCCCCCACUUUCCAACAUCAUGCUUUUGUAAAACUAUAACAAAAUAAACAAAAGCACCAGGACUGAAUUCACCCGUUCACCCAGACUUUUAAUUGAGCAGAUUAGAUUUCUGUUUUACUUUCAGUUUCCUUUGUUGUGACAUUGUAUGAAACAUGCAAAAAAGUGAACUGUUCAAAUUGACAUAUGCAUUUUAGACUGCUUUAAAUGACAGAUUUUGCAUAUUUUCAGUAACCUUUGUUGUUAAAAAUGGCAUAUAUAGUAUAUAUAUUUUUAGUUACUUUAAAUAAAUAAAAAACUGCAAGUUUGGUUAAAUCUCCCCAAAUUUUUUUGUUCACAACUCUCUAAGAAGAGAUGCGGUGAAUAAAGCUUUUUCUGUGGUGCCCCUGCUGGUGUGAAGUGGUACUGAAUUAGUGCAUGCAAAUGGGCAAUCUGGGUUGCAAUUUAAAAAUCUCAGUGACCUUAAUUUUUUUUCUUGGUUUUGAGAGAAGUGAAAGGUUAAAUAGAGGAUAAAGUUUGCUUUUUUUGGGUCAUUUCUGGUGCAACAGAAGUCAGUACAUUUGCUCAUGUGCAGCCUCUGGGUCCUAAAGGCUUACUGUAAAACAGUCAAGUGUUCACUGGAUGUUUCUGUGUUACUUAAUUU